GGUGUACGUAGUACCAGGAGUUUGUCUGGGCCUGGUAAAGGCGAAUCUUAGCGAAGGCUGCAAUGCAGGGCUCCGUGAUCCGGCGUACGCAGGAGUUGCUGGGGCGCGUGAUUCGAAAACCGCCUCUUACGGAGCGCCUUCUCAGCAAGCCCCCUUUUCGCUACCUGCACGACGUGAUCGGGGAGGUAAUUAGAUCAACUGGUUUCAUGAAAGGAUUGUAUACAGAAGCAGAGAUGAAAUCUGAUAAUGUUAAGGAUAAAGAUGCAAAAAUCAUCUUUCUUCAGAAAGCAAUUGAUGUGGUCAUCAUGGUGACAGGAGAACAUUUGGCAGUGAAACCUGCACGUGUUGUUGCAGGAUAUGAACCUGAAAAAACAAAUGAAUUUCUCCAAGCAAUUGCUAAAUGCUGUCUCAAUAAGCUUUCCAGUGAUGAAGCUGUUCAGAAAGUACUUGCUGAAGAAAAAACUGUUAAAGAAAAGACACCUUCAUCUAAAUCUCAAAACAGAGAAUCUAAAACAGAAGAAUGUAGAUCUCAUAAAGAGGGAAGAAGUGACUCUGAAAUAAAAGACAAAAGCACAAUUCAGGACCAAAAAGUUAAAGAAGAAUUGAAAGGGGAAGAAACCAAGCAAAGAGAAAGUGAAAAACAUAAAGAUUAUGAAAAUCAUCCCAAUAAUUUUGAUAAAACUGUUAAUGAAAAUGAAAAACAUGAAAAAGAGAGAAUCAAGAAUAGAUUGUCCAAAUCAGGAAGAGAACCAGAGAAAAUUAGAGACAAAGAAAAAGGAGAAGGGGAAGGAGAAAAAGAAGAAUAUGAUAAAGAAAGAGACAAGGAAAGGAAACAAUAUGAGGGAGGAAGAGAAAAAGAGAAAUUACGAGAAAAAGAUAAACCUAAAGACAGGGAUAAAGAUUGUGAGAAAGUCCGAGACAGGGGUAAAGAAAAAGACAAAAGGCGGGAAAAAGGUAAAGAUAUAGAAACAGCACGAGAAGAAAGAAAAGACAAAACAGACAAAAAGCCCACAGGAUCUGAAGAGAAUAUUUCUAAAAAACUAGCAGAGAAGUCUAUAAAUAAAGAUCAAACUGAAUUUGAUAAAGAAAAUGAAAAUUCUGCAAGAUUAUCGAAGCAGCAUGCAACAAAAGGACCAAGACAGCGAAACAAAACUUCAGCUGAAGGUGAAUCAUUCGGUGAUGCAGAGGGAGAUGUUCUGAAUACUGGUACAACAGAAAAGAUGUCUGAAAAUAAUGAAUUCACAAAUGAAAUUCCACCUCAGAUCACUCAAAGAAGGCUACCACGACCCAGCAGUGCACGACCAGCUCCACCCCGUAUAAAACGACAACAGAGUACAGAGAUUUUAAUUCCAGAAAGAAAUGGCAGUGCCAAAAUGGUAUCAAAUGUUAUUAUAGAUAAAGAAGAAGAAGAGGAUGACCAGUUUAUAGUGAAAGCAGAACAACAGCUACCUGAAAUAACAGAACUGAAAAUGGAGGCAACAGUAGAGCUUGAAGGAGAUGAGAAACAUGGUAGCCUUGUCCAAAGAAUAUUGGAAACAAAGAAGGAUUAUGAAAUGUCACAGUUGCAAAAAUCUGCUGAAAAGGAGAAGCCACUUUUGUCAGAAGCAGCAAAGAGAAAGGAAAAAGAUUUAGUAACUAAAGAAAUAGAGAAAUUUCGUGGCUCCAUUCAGGCCCUUUGUCGGAGUGCUCUCCCUCUUGGUAAAAUAAUGGACUAUAUUCAAGAAGAUGUAGAUGCCAUGAAAAUUGAGCUUCAGACAUGGCAGAAUGAAAAUAAAGAACUUGAAGAGACCCUGCGGAAGGAACAAGGAAUCACAGAUGGUGUUGUGGAACCCUUAAAAAUAGAACUUACUGAGUUGGAUCAAUUAAUCAAAGAUGAAGAAGACAAGAUUUAUACUAGGAGAGCUAAUGUUUUAAGAAACAAUGAAAAAAUUCAGAAGAUGAUUCAUAUUAUCAACUCAAGAAGAUGAAUAGUGGAAGACUGGAACCCAUUAUAUUGUUUGCAAAUAAAAUUACAAUACAAUAGCUUAUACAAUUUCAAGAAUUUAUUUGGACAGUUGUGGUUGGUUUUCUUGGAAAAUACUGGUUGUAGUUUUUAAAAGUGCAAAAUAUUUACUGUAUUUAAUCUGUUGUGGUUGGUUCUUCUGCUACUUUAAUAUCAAUACCCCUUAUUUGUGUCUUUCUGUAAGACAUUAUUUUUCUUUAUACAGAGUAUGGAAUUUGAGAGGGUUGCAGUUGUGAUUAUCUUAGAACUCUUGGGUAAAUCCCAUAGGAAAAUUUGUAUUGGAAUUCUUGCAAGUUUGGGAGAAACACUAUGCCUUUGUGGUAUUAUAAAGACCAAAAAGUAAGAAGUUGAUCCCGUAAGAAAAUCUGUAAUGAAAUUCUUACAACUCAAGAUAAAAAUGCAGUUUACCUUUGUUUAUUUAAGACAUCUUGUAACAUAGAGAAAAUAAGAUAUUGAUCUGAACAUAAUUGGUUACAUUUAUAAUAUACAUUUGCACCCUACUUCUCUCUCUUUCGCUCUCUCGCUCUCUUUCUCUCAUAUUCUCAAAUUAAGUCAUUCUGACAGAAUUGGAAUGUGGAAAUUGCAUACAUUAUGCUUGGGAUUGUGGAUUUUGCUCUUCCUAUAUAGUUUUGCUGUAUUUAUUUUAUGGGAUUCCCAAAUAAUGGAAAACUUGUGGCCAACCAAAUUAUAUGGUUUCUAGGACCCUGACUUCAUCUAAUGCCAUCUUAGCUUUGGGGAGGAAUGUGUGUGCAGAAAUCUUUAAAAAAAUACAGCACCUCAACCUAGCAUGGUUGUUCAGAACCUUUGUUCUGAGAAUACUUUUUUUAAGAUUCUCAUGCUUAUGAAGUCUUGUAAGCUUAUCAUUAUCAUUUAAAAAUAGCACAACUCAAAAGUAAGGAUUUCCCUUUCCACAUCUCAGUGUCACACUUGAAAGAUAACUGAGACUAACCAUCUGUCCGUCUGAUGAAUUGAUGAAUAUAUAAAUAUAAACUGAAUGCUUUUUUGUUUUUUGAAACUAUACCAUUUAUUAAUGAAAUGAUUUAAGAAAAUUCAUUUUUUCAUUUGGAAAUCUAUAAUUUCUUUGCUAGUGAAGUUAUAUUUCUCAUGGGUUACACAUCUAGUAGCGUAUACUUUACUAGAAGUGGAGCAGAAAGGCAAUUUAAUAUGUGCAUAUUGAAGGGGAGGGGUUGAUUAACAAAUAUAGAAGACAGUCUUAAUGAUUUGGGAAAGUAUGCUUGUUGCUAUAUUUAAAUUGCUACCAUACAUUGUACUACAUUUUAUCCAUAUGAUUCUCUAAAUUUUGAUUGGAAAUGAGUUUUAAAUAACUGAAAUAAUCAUUACUGCAAAAGCAGUAAACAGUUUCUUGAUUUAUACAUUUGUUUUUUAUUGUAAUAUUGUCUAUUAUUUUAUGUUUAUUAAUUAAAUUGUCCUUAAUUAAGAUGCAUUCCAAAUUUGUUUGAGCAUACAACUCAAAUAUUAUCAAAGUAUAUGUUCACUCUCCUUAAACUAUAAAUCUGUCGUUUAAACUAUAAAUUUUAGAAAAGGAAUAGUAAAAAAAAAAUGGAUCAAAUAUAUUAUCAUAGAUGUUUUUAUGCUAAAGUUGCCAUUCUUUAUAAACUACUUAUUAUUAUAAUACAUUUGAAGCUUGAUAUAAUAUCUGAAAUUUCCUUUUAUAUUCUGUGUAGAUAUCUGUAGGAUUACAUAUCACAUUAUUACAAGAGUCCAAUUUGUCAGUAAAAAUGUACAACGUAAAAUAUCUGUUUUUUAUUAUUUUUUUCUAUAAAUUUAAUAAAUUGUCUAUUUUUUGUAU